CAACAUUUCGAAACAUUCGUGUCCGUGAAGGACGAUCAAAAAUUAAAACAUUAUCGUGCAUGUUUCUAAGCCACACCAAGAGCAGUUCAUAACAGAGUAAUCAUUUGUUUAAACAUCAGAUCUACGGCAGCGCAUCAGCAUUCUCAUCACCUCCGAGAGGGGAUGAAAAAGUAAUGUAGGGACUUUGUUUUUGCGUAGAUAGAGAACAGGAAACAUAUUCCGUAGUGGACUUUAGUAAGCUAAAAACCUCACCACAAUAUCAAGCUUGUGUAGCAGGGGAAAUUUGCGUGAAGGUCGCAUGGAGUAAGCUAACAGAAAGCGGCUGUUGUAACAACAACCUGGUUGAUUGGGCAAUUUGAGCGAACUCGAAACCGUGCGGUUUUUUGUGGCUGCUGUUGUCCGUCUGGUUCAAUAACGAGGCUAGAUAGUGCGAAUCCGUACCAGAACGAUGCUGGCACCGUUACGGGUCGGUCCGUGCUGUACCAAGCAAGCAUCCGCCGAACGAAGUCGCCCCGUACGGCAGUAAAGUGUUUUCGCACCGGAUCCGAUAGCGAACUGGAAGCCGAAACUACCAACGAAGGGUGAGCAUACCCACACUCAGCACACAUAUUGUAGAUCGCACCGCAAGAUGGAGGGCGACAUCUGCCGGGUGUGCCGCUGCGAGGCGCAAUCGGAUCGGCCCCUGUUCCAUCCUUGCAUCUGCACCGGUAGCAUCAAGUGGAUCCAUCAGGACUGUCUUAUGCAAUGGAUGCGCUACUCGCGCAAGGAGUACUGCGAGCUGUGCGGCCAUCGGUUCUCCUUCACGCCAAUCUACUCGCCCGACAUGCCCCGGGUACUGCCCCUGAAGUACGUCGCCAAGGGGUUGCUGAGUUCCGUCGGGACGGCCGUCAAGUACUGGAUCCACUACACGCUCGUGGCGGUCGCAUGGCUCGGCGUCGUGCCACUAACAUCGUAUCGCACCUAUCGGUUCCUCUUUUCCGGCUCGAUCGAGAUGUUCCUCACGCUGCCAAUCGAAAUGUUCUCGACCGAGAACAUCACGAUAGACGUGUUUCGGGGCUGCUUCGUGGUGACCUGCACCUUGUUUACCUUUAUCGGGCUAGUGUGGUUACGUGAGCAGAUCAUCCACGGUGGGGGACCCGAGUGGCUCGAACGAGACGAUGAGCAGGCACCGGAGGCGGCCGCCGCCGCUGCUGGCAAUGGACCGGCGAACGUACGCCAGCCGGAAGCGGGUGCGAAUGAGAAUGAGGCCGAAGCAAACAACAACAACAACAACAACAACAACAAUGACGAUAACAACAACGAGGAGGAGCAUAAUAAUAACAACAAUAACAAUUUUCUUGAUAAUAAUCUGCUCAACAACCGCGCCGAUGGUCCAAUCCUGCACGGACAGGAAGGACCCGAACAGCGCGAAGCGCCAGCGAUGGCAGAAGCGGAAAUGGCAAGGGAAGAACCGGCCGCUCCGGAACCGGCACCGCGUCGCCCUCUGGCGAACUUCCCCGACCCGCCCGCCGAUAAUGUGCCAAUCGAUCCGGCAGAACCGCCCGCUCCACCGGCCGACGGUGCAGACGAACCACCGGAGGCGGCCAUCAAUGAGCCGGAAGCGGCAGCCGAAGAGGCCAACUGGAACCCGAUGGAGUGGGACCGGGCUGCGGAAGAGCUGACCUGGGAGCGGCUGCUCGGGCUCGACGGUUCGAUGGUGUUUCUCGAGCACGUCUUUUGGGUCGUUUCCCUCAACACCGCGUUCAUCGUCAUCUUUGCGUUCUGUCCGUACUCGAUCGGGAACUUUCUCAUCUCCUUUCUCGGCAUCAUCACACCCGGCAAACCGUUGAUGCACUUCCACGGGCUGUUAACGACGCUCCUCGGGUACUGUGUCAUCGGGAUCACGCUCGUAAAGCUGCACGCCAUCGCCCGGUUUCUCCGGUGGCGCCGCCAACGGCGCAUCCUCGGUUUGUGCUACAUCGUCGUGAAGGUGUCACUGCUGUCCGUGGUGGAAAUCGGUGUGCUGCCGCUGGUGUGCGGCUGGUGGCUGGACAUCUGUUCGCUGCCAAUGUUCGACGCCACGCUCAAGGAUCGUAAAGCGAGCUUUAAGGCCGCCCCGGGCACGUCCCUGUUCAUUCACUGGAUGUUCGGCAUGGUAUACGUGUACUACUUUGCGUCCUUCAUCGUGUUGCUGCGGGAGGUUCUGCGGCCGGGAGUGCUAUGGUUUCUGCGCAACCUCAACGAUCCCGAUUUUAGCCCGAUACAGGAAAUGAUUCAUCUCUCCAUACCGCGCCACAUGCGCCGCCUGAUUUCGUCGGUCAUUAUCUUCGGCUCGGCCGUGCUGCUGAUGCUCUGGGCUCCUAUCCAGAUCCUCAAGUCCUUCUGGCCCACAUUCUUACCAUACACGCUGUCGGGCGAUUCGGAGGUGAACGAACUUAGCCUUCAACUGCUGCUGUUACAGUUUGUGCUGCCGGGCUUUUUCGAGCAAUCGCACACCCGAAUCUGGCUGAAAGGGCUGGUGCGCAUUUGGUGUAACGUGGUGGCCCGGGUUCUCGGCAUUAAAAGUUACCUGCUCGGCGCCGAAGUCCGCCCGAACGAGGACGAUGCGGCCCCGCCCAGACAGCAGCCAGAAGUCGGUGCCGGUCUUGCGGCCGCCCACCAGGCAAUCAUGCACCGGGACGUUCCGAUCGGCUUCCAGCCGUACGAGCGGCCACCGUUCUUCGCCGUCCGCCUGAUUGGCCUGCUGAUGCUGAUGUGCAUCUCACUGUCCGUCGGUUCGCUGGCCAUCCUCACGAUACCGGUUUGGAUCGGGCGGCACGGAAUGGCGCUCGGGUCGAUGGGCUCAAACAUUACGCCGCCUCCGAACGCGGUCGCCGCCGGUACGGAAACGCCGGCUCGACCGCACGAGCUCUACACCACCGCCAUCGGUACCUACCUGUGUUGGAUCAUUUCGCGCGGUAUCGCCGUCGCGGUCAAUCUGUUCCCGCAGGGCCGGGCGGCCGUCAUCGAGCGUGUCAAACACUGGAUGUCGGUGGCGACGUCGUACGCAAUGGCCGCGAUCGUGUUCGUGCACAUGCUCGGCGUUAUACCGCUCAUGUUUGGGCUGCUGCUCGAGCUGGUGGUGGUGAUUCCGCUGCGUGUCCCGCCCGACCAGACGCCGGUUCUGUUCCUGUGGCAGGAUUGGGCGCUCGGUGUACUGUACACCAAAAUAGCCUGCGCCCUGACGCUCAUGGGCCCCGACUGGGCGCUGAAGCGGGCGAUCGAGCAGGCCUACGCCGACGGACUGCGGGAUAUGAACUUGCGCUUUAUCAUCCGCGAGCUCGGCAUACCGGUGAUCACGUGCUUCGGGCUGGCACUGGCGAUACCGUACGUGAUCGCUCACUCGAUCCUGCCCGUGUUUUUCACCAACCAAAUGACGCGCACGUUGAUCGCACGGGAGAUCUACCCGUUCUUCCUGCUGAUCGCGUUCGUGAUCGGGAUCGUGGUGCUGCAGGUGCGCCAGUUCAAGAAGCUGUACGUGGCGAUCAAGAACGACAAGUACUUGGUAGGCCAGCGGUUAGUGAACUACGAUCAUCAACGCAAAAAGCGACGACCCUCUGGAGCCACGGAGGAAGGCUCCAGCAGUGGUCCCACAUCGACCACGAAUACCGAAACGGAAGAAAAUAGUGAAGCAGCAGCAGCAGCAGCGGAAGCUGUUGUCGACGAUGGGAACGAGCGAGAACCAAGAGCUGAUGCCGCCAGUGUGGACGGUCCGGUAAUGAUGGAAGAAGCUGUACAGUAGUAGCCAACAAUCAUUCGACAUGUUACUGAUAUAAUUUUAAAUUAAACUAGGUGAUGUUUGUUUUUAUUGGCACA